AAAUUCUGCAAUACUUCGUUCUAAGUGAAAGAAUAAUCGGCAGUUUUUAUGCGAUUUUUUUGGAAACGAACUAUUCUAAGUCGCGCUUAACUGUCGACGCCUGCAGUGAGCAAGCCACCGUUCAGAUCGAUAGGAUCAACAUGGGAUCUGAGAGGAGAUUAGAGAGGAAGCUUCGUCGGAAGGAAGAGAAGAAGGGUCUUGUCGAUGGUAGUGAAGGUUCCAGUAAGGUCGAUACAGCACCGAGUGAUCUAGAAGACCCGACGGUGCCAAUAGAGGCCGCUACUUCUGAAGGAUCUGCUAUUCCUGCAGAGUCGAUAGACCAGGGAAAAGCUCAACGGGUAAUGCCGAUCGGGGAAUUACCUUCUCGUCAAAAACCGAAGACGGGGAAGUCUCCUCGCAAGAAAAAGAAGAAAGUGGAGGAGGAGCUGGAAGCCGAACCAGUUGAGUUUCGCAUUAACGGUAUUCUAGUUGACCGCGAUGUCAAAGGAGGAGCCAAGAAGGAGUGGAUGGGCGUCUACAUGGUUCUCUUCAGAACGAGUACACCGAUGGGUCAGCGAGUGGCCUUUAUCCUCAUCGGUCUAGUGACGAUCAGUGUCUCGGUUGCUGUCCUGGACAGCGUGGAAGAAAUUCGAAAUCAAAUUGGUGACUACCUGUUGGCAACCGAGUUCGGCUUCACGAUUCUGUUCACGAUCGAGUAUGGACUUCGCAUUGCGUGUCUGCGGAAACCAAGCAAGUUUAUCUUCAGUCUCUUAGGAUUCGUGGAUAUGUGCGCUCUUGUUCCUUCAUACGUCGGCUACAUCUUUCCUGAAGCACGUCCACUGCUGCACUUGGCUGUACUGCGUAUCUUCCGUGUCAUGCGAGUCUUCCGGUUGUUGCGACUUGCUCGAUUCGUCGAUGCGAGCGCUGCGCUCACUGAAAAUAUUGACACCAAUCGACGAAAUAUUGCCGUCUUCCUCGUCGCAUUGUUCACGGUGAUCCUCGUCAUUGGGUGCGCCAUGUACCUUAUCGAAGGUGACCGUCAAUUCGGAAAUAUCCCCGUCAGUCUGUAUUGGACUGUGGUGACAAUUACGACCGUGGGGUACGGAGAUAUUUCGCCACAAACGAUUGUCGGACGGAUUCUAGCCACUCUUGUCAUGUUUGUCGGCUACGGAAUCAUCGCCAGCCCCACGCUGCUAAGUGCGCCACCGUCUGCACCAGCUACGUCAGAAAUUGUCGACGCUCCCAAAUGUACCAAAGUACUCGAGUGCGUACGAUGCUUCCAGAAAUUUCACCAAGAAAGCGCCAGUUUCUGCUGCAUGUGCGCGGAACCACUGAGAAAGCCCGAGGUUAAACCUUUAAGGGCAAAUGGAGAAGAACGGAGACGGGUGCCGAGGCAACGAGCUUCGAUUACAGAUGGGAAUGGAUUGUCAAAGACUCCUACACUACGUCCAGCGACUUGUGAAGGUACUGGUAUAAACAUUUCAUCCAUUGAUGAGACGAAGCCUGCAGAACCUGUGUUUGCUCCAAGCGAAGAAAUGAAACCCGCAGAAACUACUACCGCAAUAUGCUAACUAUAUAUUUAGUAAUCUGGCACGCCAGAUGAAUGAUAAGGCAUGAAUAAAUAAACCCUGGAACAAGAAGUGUACAAGGAA